AAUCCCUACAGAGGGGGUGGGAGUUCCGGGAUCUCCACACUUGGAUACAGAAAUGUAGAGGAGUGGAAUCCAGAGAGAGGAGGGAAUGGAUAAGGCGAGCAGAGCCAGCCCUGCUCCCACACUACAGGAGCUCUUUAGGAGACAACACAGGGAUCACCAGGGCUCAGCGGAUUCUCCUAAUGGGGAGUUUGAGUAUGGAGAUACGGAUGGGAUCGUUGCUGAGCUGUCAGAGCUGUACAGCUACACCGAAGAACCUGAAUUUGCCAUGAACCGAAAUUGCUUUGAAGAGGAUUUUGAGAUCCAUGUGAAGGGCAAGAAGUGGGUGGAGCUGGAUGAGGCGGAACAUAAGGCCUACAUCAUGAGGCUUUUGGACGGACUGGAGGUAAUAAACAGAGAGAAGAGACUUAAGUUUGCCAGAGCCAUUCUGUACCUUGCCCAAGGUGUGUUUGAUGACUGCUACACAGAGCCCGAGGUGGUUCACUGGGCACAGUACAACGUCUUCCUUCUGUAUGAGAUGGGCACUUUCGGGGCAUUGGUGGAGCUCCUCAACAUGGAGAUCGAGAACAGCCAGGCCUGCAGCAGUGCCUUGAGAAAACCAGCCAUCUCUCUGGCAGACAGCACUGAGCUCAGAGUGCUGCUCAAUAUUAUGUGCCUGAUGGUAGAGGCCAUGCGUUUGGAAGUAGAGGAUGACAGACCGGAGUGGAAGGUGGCAAGAGAAGGAUUCCGCACUGAGCUGGGCUCCUCGGUGUACAAUGGCGAACCCUUUGCUAUUCUCCUCUUUUCUGUGGUCAACAAAUUCUGCAGUGGCUGUGCCCCACACUUCCCUAUCAAGAAGGUGCUGCUUCUUCUCUGGAAGACCGUGCUGUUCUCUCUCGGAGGCUUUGAGGAGCUCCAGGCUUUGAACGUGAGGAAACGGCAGGAGCUCGGGCUCCCCGUGCUUCACGAGGACAGCAUUCAGGUGACGCGUAGCCUGCGGGCAGCGUCCCCGCCAGCCUCGGCUCUCGAUCUACUGGAACAGCAACAGAGACGGGGCCGCAGGGGCAGGAAGCAGGUGCUGGUGAAACAAGACAGUCUGGACACUUAUAACGAAAAGGAUCCGUACAAAACCGACGAGGCGCAAGAUGACGAGGAGAACGGCGAGGACCCUGACAGUGGGAUCGAGGGGGAAAUGGAACCACUGGAUCCCCCUCCUCACCCUCUUCUACCUCCAGAGAGAGUGUUCUUCCCCCGAGGACUCCCCUGGGCACCUAAAGUCAGGGAGAAGGAUAUUGAAGACUUCCUGGAGGUCAGCAGGUGUAAAUUUAUUGGGUUCACGUUGGGAAAUGAUACGGACACCCUCGUGGGUUUGCCAAGACCCAUACAUGAAAGCGUAAAAACCCUGAAACAGCACAGGUACGUCUCGAUAGCAGAUGUACAGAUCAAGAGGGAGGAGGAACUACAGAAAUCUCCAGUUUUUCUGGGAGCGGAAGAUGUAGAGCUGACUCCAACUGAGGCCCUUUAUCAAGGAAUGUUGCACAAUCUCCCUCAGUACAUGAUUGCGUUGCUCAAGAUCCUGCUGGCUGCAGCUCCCACUUCCAAAGCAAAGACCGACUCCAUUAAUAUCUUAGCCGAUGUCCUGCCAGAGGAGAUGCCGGUGACAGUGCUGCAGAGCAUGAAGCUGGGGAUUGACGUGAACCGGCACAAAGAGAUCAUCGUGAAAUCGGUCUCAGCUCUUAUGCUUCUGCUGCUGAAACAUUUUAAACUCAAUCACAUCUACCAGUUUGAAUACGUUUCCCAGCACUUGGUAUUUGCCAACUGUAUCCCACUCAUCCUGAAAUUCUUCAAUCAGAACAUAAUGUCCUACAUCGCUGCUAAAAAUGGUAUCUGUGUCCUGGAUUACCCUCACUGCGUGAUUCAUGAGCUUCCAGAGUUCACCACAGAGACGCUGGAAGCCGGUGACAACAGUCAAUUCUGCUGGAGGAAUCUCUUCUCUUGUAUAAACCUGUUGCGGAUUCUCAACAAACUCACCAAGUGGAAGCACUCCAGGACCAUGAUGCUUGUGGUUUUCAAAUCAGCACCAAUUUUGAAGCGGGGGCUGAGAGUGAAACAGGCCACCAUGCAGCUCUACGCCCUGAAGCUGCUGAAGCUUCAGACCAAAUACCUGGGACGGCAGUGGAGGAAGAGCAACAUGAAGACAAUGUCCGCCAUCUACCACAAAGUGCGGCACCGUCUCAAUGACGACUGGGCGUAUGGCAACGAGAUCGACGCACGCCCUUGGGAUUUCCAGGCAGAGGAGUGUGCACUGAGAGUCAGGAUCGAGAGUUUCAAUGCUCGUCGGUACGGCCUAUACCACUGCGACUUUGAAUUUGCUCCGGUCGACAACUGCCUGCAGAGCGUCCUGGGGCAUUGCCUGCAGCUUCCAGAUGAUUUCCGCUACAGCUACGAGCUGUGGUUGGAGAGGGAGGUUUUCGCCCAACCCAUUCGCUGGGAAAAGCUCCUGCAGCCUCUGGCUUGAGAGGGAUCUUUUCACCUGCAGAAACGACUCCCUCUCAAUGCAACUGUCUGGCUUCAAAGCUGCCUCCAGCGGGAAAUAUUAGGAAUCAGGGUGACAAUCAGCACAUCAUGUCAUUGUGGAGGGAGUGGGAUUGAUUUACAUGACGCAGUAUGUACUGGAGAGAGAGAUAUUCCAACUUGUUAGAAUAAAUCCUGUUCGGUAAAGCUCAGUCCUCGGAUACUGUUAACUGAAGCUUUCUACUCAUUACUGUUACCAGCUGAGUUGCCCCACAGUCUCGUAAGUUUACAAGAUGCAUCUGUAUUUGAUACUUUUAUGCGUGUAUUUAUGUGUGUCCAGUGAGUGAUGAAGGUAGAUAAAUGAUUAACUUUA